AGCUGAAGUGUCACAGCAGUUGUCUUCCACCUGGUCAUCCUUCCUACAUCUGGUACAAGAAUGGAAAGAACAUUUCAGAAGGAACAUCUUAUUCAGCCUCCUUUUAUCCUGCAGACAGUUUUUCCUGUGCCGUAGGAGGAUAUGAGGAGUCCCGCUCUCCUUCAGUGUAUGCUCCAAAGCUUCCCUCUGUGUCAGUGAGUCCCUCUGCUGAGAUAGUGGAGGGCAGUUCAGUGACUCUGACCUGCAGCAGUGAUGCUAACCCAGCAGCUACUUAUACCUGGUAUAAAUAUCAUGGAAAUCCAAACCUUCAUCUUCCCAGUAAAGAACCACAGCUUAUCUUGAGCUCCAUCCUGCCCUCUGACUCUAGAGGGUAUUACUGUGCAGUAGAGAAUGAUCUGGGAAUGAGGACAUCUGGAUUAGUCCCUAUUAAUGUGAAAU